AACAGAUGGAGCGGUACCAGGGGUAUUUAAAAGAAGCCAAAGAAGCCACCAAGAUGGGCUCUCUGGAAGAGGCCCUUAGACUCUUCAAUUUGGCAGGCGAAAUCUUCCCCAGUGACAAAGUGAAGCACAGAAUCAAGAGAAUAGAGGAGACCCUGGAAGAGCUGGCCGAGGAGAAAGAUAACGAAUUCACGGACGUCUGUAACAGCGGCCUGCUGCUUUAUCGAGAGCUGCACCAUCAGCUUUUUGAACACCAGAGGGAAGGGGUGGCGUUCCUCUACAGCCUGUUCAGGGAUGUAAAAAAGGGCGGCAUACUGGCGGACGACAUGGGGUUGGGGAAGACGAUCCAGAUCAUCGCCUUCCUUUCCGGCAUGUUUGACGCCGAGCUGGUGAACUACGUCCUCCUGGUGAUGCCGACCACUCUCAUUAGCACGUGGACGCGAGAGUUCACCAAGUGGACCCCGGGAAUACGAGUCAAAAACUUCCACGGCGCGAGCAAGACCGAGCGUACCAAAAACCUAGAGAGGAUCCAGAGGAAGACCGGCGUCAUCAUUACGACGUACCAGAUGCUCAUCAACAACUGGCAGCAACUUUCCAGCCUGAAUGGGCAAGAGUUUGUCUGGGACUACUUGAUAUUUGACGAAGCCCAUAAAAUUAAAACCUCGGCCAGCAAAACGGCGAUCUGCGCCCGAUCUAUCCCCGCCCACAAUCGGAUCCUCCUCACGGGGACUCCGGUCCAGAAUAACUUACAAGAACUGUGGUCCCUUUUUGAUGUCGCCUGCCAGGGGUCUUUACUGGGCACCUCGACGACAUUCAAAAUGGAGUAUGAGAAUCCUAUCACCAGGGCCAGAGAGAAGGACGCUACUCCAGGCGAAAAGGCCCUCGGAUUUAAGAUCUCUGAAAACCUAAUGACUAUUAUAAAGCCACACUUCCUGAGGAGAACCAAGGAAGACGUGCAAAAGAGAACCGCCAGCCAGCCCAAAAGCAACCUCUCCGAGAAGAACCAAGAUAACGACCUCGCGCCGGAAAUGCCCUCCCUGACGAGGAAAAAUGAUUUCAUCAUCUGGGUGCGCCUCACGUCCUUACAAGAAGACAUCUACAGGAAAUUUGUGUCUCUGGAUCACAUCAAGGAGCUGUUGAUGGAAACCCGGUCCCCUCUGGCCGAAUUGGGCGUCUUAAAGAAGCUGUGCGACCAUCCCAGGCUGCUGUCGGCACGGGCCUGCACCUUGCUGGGUCUGGAAGGAGGCGGCAUCUCCGACCGAGAUGAGAACGGAACGGACCACUAUUCGGAUAUUAACAGAAUCGGUCAGCUGCCUGACCAAACCCUAAUGGAAGAGUCCGGGAAGCUGAUAUUCCUUAUGGCCCUGCUUAAGAGACUCCAGCGCGAAGGGCAUCAGACUCUGGUGUUCUCCCAGUCGAGGAAAAUGUUAGACAUUAUCGAGCGCCUCUUAACCAAUACACGCUUCAAAAUCCUGCGGAUCGACGGGACGAUCGCCCAGCUUGGGGAACGCGAAAAGAGGAUCAGUUUGUUUCAGAGAAAUAAGGACUACUCCGUCUUUUUACUGACCACCCAGGUGGGAGGAGUGGGUUUAACUUUAACCGCCGCCACCAGGGUGGUCAUCUUCGACCCCAGCUGGAAUCCCGCGACAGACGCGCAAGCGGUGGACCGAGCCUACAGGAUCGGCCAGAAAGAAAACGUGGUGAUCUAUCGGCUCAUCACCUGUGGCACCGUGGAAGAAAAAAUCUACAGGAGGCAGGUGUUCAAGGACUCGCUGGUGAGGCAGACGACCGGCGACAAGAAGAACCCUUUCAGAUAUUUCAGCAAACAAGAAUUGAGAGAGCUGUUUGUCAUCGAGGAUUUCCGGGUGUCCAAAACCCAGCAGCAGCUGCAGUCUCUGCAUUCGGCCCAGAGGAAUACCGACGAGGAGCUCGACGGGCACAUCGCUUACCUGCACACGUUAAAAAUAGCCGGCAUAUCCGAUCACGACUUGAUGUACACGCGGGACGCGGCGGCUCACGAGGAGGCCCAGGAGACGGAAGAGCGGCAGUAUAUCCAACAGAGGGUUCAGAAAGCCCAACAGCUGGUCGAACUGGAGUCACAACACAACGAGCUCUUAUUGGAAAGAAUCAGAACGGGAACGGAAGGGGCCUGGCUCAGGCAACCAAUAUUCUCCUCCCAGCCAACUCAGAGGAAGCCCCCUGAGUCUAAAACCGGGCAGCCCCGCUCUUCCUCCCCCGUGCGACGUCCCAUUCUAUCGUCGGAAACUGUCGAUCUCGCCCAGGAAGACGUCAGCUCUAAGAUGACCAGUCUAGUUCUCGAUGACUCGGACGAAGAGGGGGAGAGAGCGGAUCGCCCCAGCAGAAGGACCGAUGUCUCUUCGAGACGAUCAAAACGUGGACAGACACCAAAACUCGGCGCUGGGCUUUCCCCCGCUUUACCUACCCAAAAGUGCCCCCGUGAAACUAAUAGGUCGAAGGACUCUUUGAUGGAAACAUCAGCUAUCCGUAUUUCCGACAGCGAUAGCGAUGUCCUGCGUGAUUCCGCUAUGGAGCGUUCCCGGCCUUUAUCCGAGCCGGCCGUCGUGGAUCUGAUCGAGAGUCAGCCUCCGCUUCCAGAGGCCGAGAAGUCGGUUCAGGUUUUGGACUCGUUCGCUAGCCCGGCGGGAAAGGAGACCGGGGGCAGAGCGGGUCCGUCUCCUUCCGUCGACAGGCCGGCGGAAACCCAGUCAGCAUCUCCUAGUGUAUUCCAGAACUCUGGACUAAGCAAAGUCAAGGUGGGAGGCGAAUCCUUAGUAUCCUCACUGCACUAUUCUAGUGACUUCAACCUCGUCUUGGAAGAUUCUGUGGAAGGUGCCCAGAAACCUUCCAUAGCGUCUCUGGAGGGCAUCCAAAAUGAAGAUAUCGUAGAUGGUUUUGUAAAUAAUUCUCAAGCGAGGGGCGACUCUAUCCUCUUCCAGCCUGGUCGACAUCACUCUGUGUGUAGCGUUCAUCUCUCUGACCCAGAAGGCGAAGGGGACAGUGAACUUGUUAUGGUGACGGGUAAAAAGAAGGUUAGAAGAAUAAUCGUCUCGGAUAGUGAGGAUGGAGAGGAACCUGAAGUGUUGCUGUCCCCCUUACGAAACUCGGGCAAAGAGUUUAGCGCCUCAACUCCUAAGUGGGAGAGAGCCAAAUCGGAUCCCGUCUUCUCACCUGGAGUGCUUGGCAGCGGGAAGAAGCCUAUCAGACCACCUUCCAGGCCUGAUGUGGAUUUAGAUCGUGUUGCGGAUAUAGAAGGGCUAGAAAUUAGCAGUCAAGCCAAGAGAAUUGAAGAUGGGUCAGAAUCAGAGUAUUUGGAAGAAGAGGCAGAAGAAGGCAGCGAAGAGGCUGGUGAUUCUGAAGAACCGGCUGGAGAAACGCUGGAGACUGGAGAUCGUGAAGACAGACCAGAAUCCAAGUUUUGGGAAGAGGAGGCGGAAGAAGGCAGCGAAGAGGAUGAGUAUUCUGAAGAACCAGCUGGAGAAACGCUGGAGACCGAAAGCGAGUCCUGCGACUCCAACAGGUCCGAGUCCGAUGCCGGAAGAGAGAGCCCGUCUGCUGGUGAAAGCUCUAGCGACGCCUCGGCUGGGGAAGCCGAAGUUCCACCUGGGGAACGGAAGAACGACUUUUCUCCAGCAGAAAUGCAGGCAGAAGAUGAUAUUUCAAGGCACCCAGACUCUGUCUCUGAGACCGAUAAGUAUGACGCUCUAGUGAAACGCGGGAAGGAGUUAAAAGGCCGGGGGAACUUACAGGAGGCAUUGGAUUGUUUACUUCAAGCCUUAGACCUAAAAAGCGAUCCUGAAAUCAUGCUCCUGACUCUAGGUCUUUAUAAACAACUUAGUAAGACUUGAGCACGUGACCUGUUUCGUACACUUCUGCUGAGCUUUUGAAACGAGUUGAUGACUUGGAGGAAAAGAAAGAUCUAUUUGGAAUCGGGGCAUGAGCUCGCACACCCCUAAACAUAAGUUCUCUGUAUUAAUUUCUGUUUUUUACCUGUAAAUUGAUAACCUGACUUUAUUGUGCAAGCACUGCCUAGGGAUUGAUUCUAUUUUAGUCUGGAAUUUCUUUUCCAUGUUUAGGCCUGAAAAAUAAAGUUUGUGUAUAUAUCUUUCAA